AUGGGGAAUGUGCCAUCAGCGGUGAAGCACUGCCUCAGCUACCAGCAGCUUCUCCGGGAGCAUCUCUGGAUCGGGGAUUCAGUGGCUGGGGCACUUGACCCUGCGCAGGAAACAUCCCAGUUAUCUGGACUCCCUGAGUAUGUUAAAAUAGUAGAAGUUGGACCUAGGGAUGGAUUGCAGAAUGAAAAGGUUAUAGUUCCUACAGACAUAAAAAUUGAAUUUAUCAAUCAACUUUCCCAAACUGGCUUGUCUGUAAUAGAAGUGACCAGCUUUGUGUCCUCCAGAUGGGUACCACAGAUGGCUGAUCACACUGAAGUGAUGAAAGGCAUUCAUCAAUACCCAGGAGUUCGAUAUCCUGUCCUUACUCCUAAUCUUCAGGGUUUUCACCGUGCUGUUGCUGCCGGAGCCACCGAGAUAUCAGUUUUUGGUGCCGCAUCUGAAUCCUUUAGCAAGAAGAAUAUUAACUGUUCUAUUGAAGAAAGCAUGGAGAAGUUUGAGGAGGUUGUUAAGUCGGCAAGGCACAUGAAUAUUCCAGCACGAGGGUAUGUGUCUUGCACCCUGGGCUGUCCGUAUGAAGGAAACAUCACACCACAAAAAGUGACAGAAGUAUCUAAAAGAUUAUAUGGCAUGGGCUGUUAUGAGAUCUCUCUAGGAGACACUAUUGGAGUGGGAACUCCAGGAAGCAUGAAAAGAAUGUUGGAGAGUGUCAUGAAAGAAGUCCCACCCAGUGCGCUUGCUGUUCACUGCCAUGACACGUAUGGACAAGCCUUAGCAAAUAUCCUUACGGCCCUUCAGAUGGGAAUUAAUGUGGUGGACUCCGCAGUAUCAGGAUUAGGUGGUUGUCCGUAUGCAAAAGGUGCCUCUGGGAAUGUAGCCACUGAGGAUUUGAUAUAUAUGCUUAAUGGCUUGGGGCUCAACACAGGUGUCAAUAUUUACAAAGUGAUGGAAGCUGGUGACUUUAUUUGCAAAGCUGUGAAUAAAACCACAAACUCUAAAGUAGCACAAGCCUCCUUCAAUGUUUGA